UACGACACAGCCUGUUCCUUACGGGAAGUGGGCGGAUCUCAACUAGAAGGACUGGAAGGGACGUGACAAACACGGUGGCUACAAGUAGGGCAUGUUUUUUCUUAACUGGUCGAUUUCUGAAGCUCCUGUUUAGCAGCGGGGCUGUCGUCAUGAUGUCUUCGAUGGUGCUCCAGUUGUUUGGACUGGCUUUCGUCACCUCAGUGCUCCAUGCAAAACACGAAUUUAGCACCCACCUGGUGACUGCUCCUCAUGUUCCAGUGGUGGAGAUCGGUACUAACUUCACGGCUACAUGCGCGAUCGUCAACACAGUUGAAGCCACUGCCGACAGUCUCUACUGGAAUCUAUCAGAAUCAUCCGUUGUACCUGAAAAGAACUACGUCAAGAUCAAUGAAUCAGCAUUAGCUGUGACCAUCCUCAUCAGCGGUGAAGAAUCUGAAUGGCUUUUCUGUAUGUGCAAGAAAAAGUCCCCCUACGUUUCUCUGAAUAAAAGCAAAUUUAUUCAUGGGAUCUACCUGAAGAAAGCCUAUCCACCUCGGAGAGUGGAGAACUUGUACUGUGUGGCAGAGCAGGUUGGGAAAUUGGUCUCCAACAAUUUAAACUGCAAGUGGGACGUGGUUGGUGGUCAGACUGAAGAUGUCAAAACAAACUACACAGUGAUGGUGCAAUUUGAUGUCUCCAGGUCAAGCACAUACAGAAGCAGCCCAACAUUCCUCAACACAACCUUGGUGGAUCUGGAAGUCUUCCCCCAUUACAUGCCACUGGAUGUUUGGGUGGUGGCUCGUAAUUUACUGGGAACAGUGGAGUCUGAGCAUCUGAAACAGGACGCCAAUGAGUUUGUGAAAACACAUCCUCCAUCCAAAGUGACUGUGAUUCCAGAGGAGCCUUUCCCUAACUCCCUUUUAAUUAAGUGGCAGCCUCCUAUUGAUGAAAUACAAGUAAAACUGACUUAUCAAAUCCGAUACUGCCAAAGUGGAUCCCAUACCUGGAGCUAUGUAAGUAUACCUCUUGGAGACACCGACAAGGUCAUGACUUCCUUCAGACUGCAGAAUCUUCAGCCAUACAGCGCUUAUGUCAUUCAGAUGCGCUGCAGAAAUCGAGACGGGAACUCGGGUCACUGGAGUAACUGGAGUGUCAAUGAAACUAAGACAACACCAGAGGAUCGACCUAGAAGUAAACCAGAUUUGUGGCAGUUGUCAGGGGGUGACCAUGGUGAAGAAGUGCAGAUCAUUUGUAAGGAUCCCAAGCAUGCCAAUGGAAGGAUAACGUCAUUCAGCUUAAUUCCCUACACCAAGAAUGGACCUUUGGAGCAGGAGAUCAUCCCGGCUGACCAGAACCAGAACUCCAGUGAGAGCAGAGUCAUUCUGCUCAAGAAGAUUUCCUUGGCUGAUAAACAGCUUGUAAAGGUUUGUGUGAAUGCCAACAAUUCCAAGGGGACUUCUCCAGAGGCGUGUUUGGGCAUCCCUGUCAGAUCAUCUGAACGACCAAAGUUGGAAGAGCUGAAGGUGUGGACCCAGGAGGGUCAGAUGUUUGUGGAAUGGAAACGGCCAAAUAACACCGCUGUAACUGAAUAUGUAGUUGAGUGGGCAAGGCCUGGAAAAACAGACUGGCAGAGAGAAAACAAAACCACCACGAGGACCGCAAUUAAAGGGAGCCUUGAGAAGUUUGUUCGCUACAACGUGUCAGUUUAUGUCAGUCAGUCUGGAAGGAUCAGGAAGCUGGUUCAUAAAGAAGCCUAUCUGGAGCAAGGAGCUCCAGACCAAGGCCCUACUAUUAGCAAGAGCUACCCAGCAUACGAUAAUGCUCGGCUGGUGUGGGAUGAGAUUCCACGGGACAAGAGGCGGGGCUUCAUCACAAACUACAACAUAUCCUACAGAAAGGAGAACGAGGCCCCGAAAUCGAUUCCUGUUCCAGCUAACAAAACCUCCUACACGCUGACUGAACUGCUGGGCAACACCAAGUAUGAAGUCUGGAUCAGCGCUUCAACCGUGGCAGGCUCAAAAAACAGCAACCCUCACUCCUUCACCACACUGAGAUAUGCUCCAGGAACGAUUGAAGGCAUCGUUGUGGGAGUCAGCCUGGGCUUCCUGUUCGUCGUUCUCAUGGCUCUCCUGCUGUGCUUCCUGAAGAAGGAUGUAUUAAAGGAGAACUUCUGGCCCCAGAUUCCCAACCCUGGAGAGAGCACCAUUGGAAACUGGUCUCCUGAUUAUCCUCCAAAGGAAGAGACCCCAAAGGAGAACUGUGUGUCUGGUGUGUCUGUGCUUGAUGUUGGGGUGUGUGAGGUAAAGCUUGGCUUUGAAGAGGACAAGACCAGUCUGUCCCUGAAGAAGGGCAAAUACCUGUCUGAGGAGCACAGCAGCGGGAUCGGCGGCUCCUCCUGCAUGUCCUCACCGCGCCAGAGCGUUUCCGACAGCGACGAGGGCCCUGACCUCGCUGACUCCACGGCCAGCACCGUUCAGUACUCCUCUGUUGUGGCAUCCAGCGGUUACAAGGGCCAGACACCCAGCUCCCAUUCGCAGCAUUCCAUCUUUUCGCGGUCCGAGUCCACGCAGCCACUGCUGGACUCAGAGGAGCACCCAGACGUGUCGCUGCAGGAGGGAUGCAGGCAGGUCCAGCCUCCUGCCAGGCCGUCACUGUUUACUGGUGCAGAGAACCAAAACAGCAGGGAGUCUGAUGACUUCAGGCUGCUGGGGGUGGAGCAUCAUGACUUCUGUCCCCUCAGAGAGGACACUGAGCUGACCACUGAGCCAGACAGCCUGUCUGCUGACACAGAGUCAGCAGCAGUGUCCAGCUACAUGCCACAGCUGGGAGGUUACAGACCGCAGUAAGAACAUGUCGCACUGUAUCGUUUUAUUUUAUUUUAAGCCUUUGACACAAUGAUUUUAAAAUUGUCUCACUCAUUUCCGCUUCAGCGCAUGUUUACAUGUGCGGCUGUAUAAUUCUUUGUAAAGUAUUAUGUGAAUGACAGACUGUAGCAGUAAUGCUUGGCGGCCAGAGUGUACCUCUCUGUUCCUCACCAGACUGAUGGACCUGCAAGCUUUGAGUUCUAACUGCCAAGACCUUCAGACUGAAUUUAUCUUCUCAGAACAUUCACGGAUGAAGAUUUUGUCAAGUAUUUUCUGCUGAGAGUUAAAGUUGCCUGGUAGCGUAGCAGUUAACUAACUCAAUCUGAAAACUGAUUUAACAAGGCUGUCCCACAUAUCAAACAUGUGACCUGUGGAAGGACGGAGGCUCACUGUCAGGUCUGCCUCCUUAGUAAGUACUCUCAACAUUUCUUGCAGAGGGUGUGAGCCCUUAGAUAAAACACACUGUCAUCAGCAUGUUUGCAGAUAAUUAGUCAUUUUCUACAGUAGAUUGCAGGACCACAGGAAGAUGGAAGAGAAACUGUCUUUACAGUCAGCUUGUUCUGAGCUGCAGGCUGAUGUCCAGAGGAACAGAAACCUGUUCCUGAGAGCAGAUUGCUGUGAAAGUGGUCUGCAGCUUGUCUGUAGCACCAGAACUCAAAUGGAGGCUCUUCAGGGCAGAGUGUCCCCUCAGAGAGGACACUGAGCUGACCACCGAGCCAUUAUUGUUUUUGGAAACAAAAAUGGUAUUAGGUGAUAUGAAACUGACAAAUAUAUUACAGAAAGAAUGUGGUGCUUUUUUAUCACGCGACGCCAGUUAGAGUGGAGAUGUGUUACUUUGAUAUUGUAAUAGAAACAGAACUACUGCUUUUUGGAUCUCUCCAAAAAGUGCUAUUUAUGGCCCAACAAGUUUGUUACUGACAGAAAAGUGCUGAGUGGACAUAUGUCUCCACUUCUGCUUUAUAGCCAUUGCUAUUUUUUCUUUUCUCGUCUUAUUACCUCAAUUCUGGCUCUACAUAGUUCAUCCUGUGUUCAUUUCAGUUCAGUUUCUUUAUAGAACAACAAUUCACAACGUGUUCUCUCAAUGAACUGGUUCAGUUAAUAUCCAAUUCAGUUUAGCUCCAAUCCAUUUCUUUCAGUUUUCUCAUUUCAGUUCUAGAUUAAGACAUGCUGUACACACUGACGUGUUGAGGUGACAUAUAGCUGAACCUGGUGAAGAGUUUGGCUCUGUGGGAUGGAAAGCUCAGUUUGGGUUUGUCCUUCCUCUUCUUGUUCUGUGCAUUCAGUUCUGCAGAAAUGGGAUGUGCAUUGCUAGGCAUUAUCAUUUAUUACAUAAUGUAUUUUUUUUAGCUUUAGUAUAUAUGCUGCACUUGAAUGUAACCAAGAUAUCUUUGUUAAACUUAACCUGUACUGUGUAUCAAUAAAGUUUCUUUGAGAUGCCUUACAAA